ACAGCUACAGCUAACCAAAAUUUUAUUGUCGACCUCUUUUUUUCUUCGUCUCUCAACGUUCAGAAAUGGCGAUGGCGGUUGAAGGAGGAGGGACGUUAUCGGAGAUACACCAGAGCUCAAAGAAACUGCUGAUGAAAGCGAGAGAUGGCGUUGAGAAACUGGAGCGGCUGGAGAGCUCCACAUCGACCGGCGGUUACGAUUCGCCGGAGCUCUCUUUCACCGUCAAGAAAGACAUCGCUCAGAUCCAGUCUCUCUGCGUUGAGAUGGAUCGUCUCUGGCGCUCCGUCUCCGUCAAGUCACAGCGAGAUCUUUGGAAAAGAAAAGUGGAACAAAUAGCAGAAGAGGCUGAAUCAUUGAAAGAAAGUCUGGACAAGUACUUGCUAAGAACUCAGAGACGAAUGAACGAAGCUAGAGAGAGAGCAGAAUUGCUUGGGAGAGCUAAUGGAGAAUCUGCUCAUGCUUUGAGAAUCUUUGAUGAAGAAGCACAAGCAAUGCAGUCAGUUCGAAAUUCUUCGAGAAUGCUACAAGAAUCCUUUGCUACAGGAACUGCCAUCCUCGCUAAAUAUGCAGAGCAAAGGGAACGCCUGAAGAAAGCUCAACGGAAAGCACUUGAUGUUCUUAACACAGUGGGACUCUCCAACUCUGUACUGAGGCUGAUUGAGAGGAGGAAUCGCGUUGAUAGAUCGAUCAAGUAUGUUGGGAUGAUAUCAACUGUCGUCAUCUUGUUUUUCUUCUGGAGGUGGACUAGGUAGUCAAUCUGCUCUUCAUUCAGUAAUUGCACAUAGAAUAUUACUUGUCAUCUUUGCUAAGAAUCGUUUCUUGAUCUGUUUCCCCGGCUAGAGGGAAAACUAAUGAGAUUGUAGACGCUGGUGCUUGAGAACACAACCCGUAUAGAAUUGAUUUACCAAAAAAUAGUUGCACUAUUUAAUUUUAAAAAAAAAUGAAAUGACAUUUGAUACAGGCAUUAGAGCAAGAUGUCAAUUUGGAAUAUGAUAAACAGGGUUAGAUUCAAUCUAAAUUGUUGAGUUUGAAUCUAAAUUGUCGGGAUGAAAAGAAUAAAAAGUAUACUUAGCUCUUUGUCAACACCAGUGGCAAGAGUAAUGUUAAAAUUCA